CCCAUCAAGAUACCACAUUCCAAAAACUGAAAAUAGACAUGAAAAUGCAUCAAAUUCUCUUCCUCCUCUUUAUCCUCUUAUCCUCCACCAAUGCUUUAGUUCAAGACUUCUGUGUUGCAAAUCUGAAAGGCCCAGAUGGCCCUGCAGGCUAUCCUUGCAAAACUGAAGCUAAGGUCACAGUUGAUGACUUUGUGUUUUCUGGCUUAGCCAAGGCUGGAAACACCUCAAACAUAAUAAAGGCUGCUGUGACCCCUGCAUUUGUAGCUCAAUUCCCCGGCGUGAAUGGGCUUGGUCUCUCUCUAGCACGCCUGGACCUAGCACCGGGUGGUGUUAUUCCAUUGCAUACUCACCCUGGUGCUUCUGAAGUUCUAGUGGUUUUGCAUGGUUCUAUCACUGCUGGAUUCAUUUCAUCGGCUAAUUCCGUUUACGUGAAGACAGUUCACAAGGGAGAUAUAAUGGUUUUCCCACAAGGGUUGUUGCAUUUUCAAGCAAAUGCUGGUGGGAAACCAGCCACUGCUAUUGCUAGCCUCAGUAGUCCAAACCCUGGCCUCCAAAUAACGGCUUUUGCUUUAUUUGGCAACAACUUAACUUCUGCAUUGGUGGAGAAAACCACUUUUCUUGACGAUGCCCAAGUCAAGAAGCUCAAGGCUAUUCUUGGUGGCACUGGCUAGGAUUGACAAGACAUUUACUGUUCAUUUGAUCAUUUCCAUUCUCAUUGUAUUUUCUAGUAAUUGGACUAGUGUGAUUUACUUCUUUGAGCUAUGAUUUCUUUUAAAAUAUAUAUCAUCAUUAUUUCAAUGAAACGUAUUCAAAUGUAAAAU